AUGGCUGUGCUGCUGGAACAGAGUUGGGUCAAGGUGCAGGAGAAGACGUUCGGCAAAUGGCUCAACAGCAAACUGCAGGUCCGCGAUGUGCAGAUCAAAGACCUGGUCACUGACCUCUCCGAUGGCGUCAUGCUCAUCCACCUCCUCGAGAUCCUCUCCCAAGAAUCACUAGGCCGCUACGCUUCCCGUCCCAAACUACGAGUCCAGCGUUUCGAGAACGUCAACAUAGCCCUAGACUUUAUCAAAGGCCGGCGUAUCCAAUUAACGAAUAUCGGCGCCGAAGACAUUGUCGACGGCAAUCGGAAAAUCAUCCUCGGUCUCAUCUGGACUCUCAUUCUCCGCUUCACCAUCAGCGACAUCAACGAGGAGGGCCUGAGCGCAAAAGAAGGCUUGCUGUUGUGGUGUCAGAGAAAGACUGCAUGCUAUGACGAGGUCGAGGUCCGAGACUUUUCGUCGAGCUGGAACGAUGGUCUCGCUUUCUGCGCACUACUUGAUAUCCAUCGUCCCGACCUUAUCGACUACGACAAGCUCGACAAGAACGACCACCGUGGAAACAUGCAAUUGGCCUUCGACAUCGCCUCCAAGGAAAUCGGCAUUCCGGACCUACUCGACGUCGACGACGUAUGCGACGUCGCGAAGCCCGACGAGCGUUCGCUCAUGACAUACAUCGCCUACUGGUUCCAUGCCUUCUCCGCCAUGGAACGUGUCGAAAACGCUGGAAGACGUGUUGAGAAGUUCGUUUCCAACAUGCAAGGAGCCUGGGAGAUGCAAAAUAGCUUUGAGCGCCGUAUGAGGGAGCUCCUUCGCCAAAUCACCGACCAGCAAAAGCAAUGGAGCGAAGCCACUUUCGAAGGCUCAUAUACCGACGCCAAGAUGCAGAGCUCAGAGUUCAUGGGAUACAAGCGCAAUCAAAAGAGAAAGUGGGUAGCAGAGAAGAGCGACUUGGUUGGUCUGCUGGGCAACAUCAAGACGAAACUCAGUACAUACCGCUUGAGACCCUACGAACCACCACCGGAGCUCAGCUUGACCGCACUCGAAUCUGCUUGGGCUGGAUUGAUGCGUGCUGAGAAAGAGAGGAGUAGAGUGAUCAACGAGACGAUCCGCGACAUCAAAAACACUCUACGGAGAACUUUUGCCGACAAGGCCAACGACUUUGCUCUAGCUCUUCACACGUUGAGCGUAAGCAUUUCUGGACUGGAGGGCGAAGUUGAAGACCAAAGAGAGCACAUUACCAAGAUCUCAGAAUCAGUACCACCUCUCGACGAAUAUCUCACCAUCAUCGGACGCCUGGACGAACAAUGCGAAGAGGCCAACAUUGAGGAAAACGACUUUACAACAUAUACAUACGACGAGCUUGUCUACGAAUUGGGCUUGGUCAAAUCGAGUGUGCAGAAGAAAUUAGCCUUUUUGGAAAACCAGAUGGUGGCGCGCAGCAUGACGAACCUCACGCCUAUCCAGCUUGAAGAGUUCGAAUCAGUCUUUAGACAUUUCGACCGCGGCGGUAGCAAUUCGCUGCAGGAACUCGAGUUUUCCGCAGCACUUGCUAGUUUGGGACUCGUGUAUGAUGAAGACGAGAUGCACGAACGCUUCUUGGAAGUCAGCAAUGGUCCCGGAGGUACCGUCAGCUUUGAGCAGUUCAUUCGCUUCAUGGUCGAAGUCACCGAGGAUCAGUAUACGGCUGAGCAGGUGUUUGAGAGUUUCCGCGAGGUCGCGGAUGGCAAGCCAUAUGUCACUGAGCUUGAUCUCAGACACUCGCUCAUCCCUGACGAGCUUAUCGAGGAUUUGGUCAAGACGAUGCCAACGCACAGUGGACCUGAUUUGCAGGAAGACCGUGAUUUGGAAAAGUACGACUACAUUACAUUCAUGCAGAAGUAUAUGGGAGGAGCCAAACCCGAUGCCAAUGGAGAGUAA